AUGGCCAUGACCAGGUAACAUGUAUUAAUCUUCAAUAAUGUUCACCAGAACUCCUAAUAAUUGGUAUAAGGUUUGUGCGAUUUGCUAACAGCAAGAUGGAAUUAUUUUUCAUACAAGUAACAUUUGCAAGCCUCGAAAAUUUUUCCACAUAGCAUCGUUGAUAUCCAACAUUUUGGAUUUCUGUCAUUUCUAAUCCCUAAAAUGUAAAUGGCCAAAUAUAUAUAAAAUUUUGUCGUGUUCUUCCUUUUCCUUUCCUUCUAGUGGCUUGCUUCAACAAUUGGCAAUGUACAUUGUGAUCGCGGGCGACUAAUACUAUAAUUCAAUAUGGCUGACGAUAAGAGUGUGAAAAGAAAGACGUGAUAUCGAAGAAACGAAAAAAUGAAACAGACUUAAACACUGGAAAGGAAAAAAUUGAUUCUAAAAGAAUAAAAUUUGAAAACCUUAGCGACUUUGAAUUUGUUAAAGUUCUUUCGGAAGACUCAAAAAGCAAAACAUUGAUGCUUCAUCUACAACAUAAGACUGAACACGAAGAUGCCGUGUGUAUACUUGAGAAAUCUCAGUUCGCAAUUGAAAAAGUGGAAAAUAUUUUAUGUAGUGAAGUCACAAUGCAGUUACAAUUGAACAAUGACAUCUACUCUCGAUAUCUUUGCAUACUCCCUAGUGAAAUGAACUUUGUAAAAAAUACAUUAAUCUAUCCAGCUAGCGACAAGCAUCUAAAUAAGUACUCUGAACAUCAAACGUAUUUGAUCACUGAGACGCCUAAAACUUUUAAAGAAAUCACUCUUCCUUUUAUAGAAGAGCAGGCUGGUCAUCUACAGUGGGUGUACAAUAUCUUAGAGAAGAAAGCUGAAAGUGAUCGUAUAGUGUAUGAAAAUCCUCACCCUCAAAAUGGUUUUAUUCUUCUGCCUGAUCUUAAAUGGGAACAGACGCAAACUCAGAAUCUCUACGUCAUGGCUGUGUGUAAUUCACGAGACAUUAAAUCACUGAGAGAUUUGAAUGCUUCACAUUUGCCUCUUCAAAACAUCCUCAUACAAGGAACGGAGGCCAUUCAAAAAAACUAUAAUGUUGGUGAAAGUCAACUACGGAUCUUUGUCCACUAUCAACCGACGUACUAUCACUUUCACGUGCAUUUCACGCAUGUUAAGCAUGACGCUCCGGGCAUCGUUGUUGGAAGAGCUCAUUUGCUACAAGACAUCAUCGAUAAUAUUGAAAACUUUGACAGCCAUUACUAUGCUAAGAAAACACUACAUUACAUUAUCAGUGACAAAAACUUAUUGUUUUCAUAUUUAAAAACUGCUGGAAUAGUUGGAGAAAUUACAGGGAAAGAUAACGAUGUAAUAAAUGAAUAGAGUAGCAAUAAAAUUAUUUUUAUUCGUCAAA